AUGGCCGCUGUUGCUGCAUUGGUCUCCAACGGCGAUCACGCCGCCGUCAAAACUCCGUCUACUGGCCGAUAUGCCGCCGUUUACAGCGAAGUCCAGAACAGCCGCCUCGACCACCACCUCCCCUUACCUUCCGUCCUCAAAAGCUCCUUCAAUGUCGUUGACGGCCCACCCAGUUCCGCUGCGGGCAACCCAGACGAGAUUGCAAAAUUGUUUCCUUGCCUAUUUGGACAACCAUCGGCAAACUUGGUACCAGGAGAUUCCACAUUGCCGGUUCAAGGCUUGAAAAUUGGUGUGGUUUUAUCUGGAGGACAAGCUCCAGGAGGCCACAAUGUCAUUUCUGGAAUAUUUGAUUACUUGCAGGAUCGGAUUAAAGGGAGCACAUUGUAUGGGUUUAGGGGUGGGCCAGCUGGAAUUAUGAAGUGCAAGUAUGUUGUGCUGACCCCGGAGUUUAUCUAUCCUUAUAGAAAUCAGGGUGGCUUUGACAUGAUCUGCAGUGGAAGAGACAAAAUUGAGACUCCAGAGCAGUUUAAGCAAGCUGAAGAAACCGCUCUUAAGCUCGACUUAGAUGGCCUUGUUGUAAUUGGUGGAGAUGAUUCAAACACUAAUGCAUGUCUUCUGGCUGAAAAUUUUAGGUACAAAAAUUUGAAAACAAGGGUUAUUGGAUGUCCGAAGACCAUAGAUGGUGAUCUGAAGUGCAAGGAAGUUCCCACGAGUUUUGGCUUUGACACUGCAUGCAAGAUAUAUACUGAAAUGAUUGGUAAUGUCAUGGUAGAUGCCCGCUCAACUGGAAAAUACUACCACUUUGUUCGACUUAUGGGACGUGCUGCUUCCCACAUUACAUUGGAAUGUGCUUUGCAGACUCACCCUAAUAUCACUCUUAUUGGGGAAGAGGUUGCAGCCAAGAAACAAACCCUGAAGAAUGUCACAGACUACAUUGCUGAUGUCAUAUGCAAACGUGCUGAUGCCGGUUACAAUUAUGGUGUCAUACUCAUACCGGAAGGACUCAUUGAUUUUAUUCCUGAGGUUCAGCAGCUAAUUGCAGAACUAAACGAGAUUUUGGCUCAUGAAGUUGUGGAUGAGGCUGGAGUCUGGAAAAAGAAGCUUAGCCCCCAGUGUCUGGAGCUUUUUGAUUUUCUACCACCAGCAAUCCAGGAACAAUUGAUGCUCGAGAGAGAUCCUCACGGAAAUGUCCAGGUUGCCAAAAUUGAAACCGAGAAAAUGCUUAUUCAAAUGGUUGAGACUGAGUUGCAGGCAAGGAAGCAGAUGUCCGCUUACAAAGGCCAAUUCAAGGGACAGUCUCAUUUUUUUGGAUAUGAGGGGAGAUGUGGUUUACCUUCUAAUUUCGAUGCCACCUAUUGCUAUGCUUUGGGUUACGCGGCUGGUGCACUGCUUCAGAGUGGGAAAACUGGAUUGAUUUCCUCGGUGGGAAACUUGGCUGCUCCAGUGGCCGAAUGGACUGUUGGAGGAACUGCACUGACUUCAUUAAUGGAUGUCGAAAGGAGACAUGGCAAGUUCAAACCCGUGAUAAAGAAGGCAAUGGUCGAGCUAGAAGGCGCCCCGUUCAAGAAAUUUGCAUCCAUGCGUGAAGAGUGGGCUCUUAAUAACCGAUAUCUGAAUCCUGGCCCCAUUCAGUUUUCGGGUCCGGCAUCUGAUAACAUUAAUCACACUUUACUGCUGGAACUCGGGGCUCAACUGUAA